AUGUUAUCCAGGCUGGACAGCCUCUUUGAGGCCUUCUGGAGGAAGCUGCAGAACAGACAGCUGAAAGCUGCCACACGAGUCCAAAACACCUACCUGCCGGAGACAACACCAAGACGCCAGCAAGCCCUACGCAUGGUCCACAAAACCCGUAAGAUGCGCCGCAAACGGCUAAGACCGCAAAAGUUGCAGCGGGAGGAACACAGGCCUCCUCCGGUGACAAGCAUCUGGACCUCCAGGAGGAGGGAAAUGGUCGGGAACUCACACGGGGUACCAGAGAGGCUCUUUGCAGUCAGGCUGACAGCAGUCCAGCGCCGAACCUUUCAGAUCUGCAGACUCUGGGGUGACUACCUACCACAGGCAUAG